AUGACGUGGCGUAUUCUGAUGUCACCUUAUUUCCGUUCCUCUUGCCGUUGUUUGUUGUUGUUGUUGCUUUGUUUUUUGUUUUUAAUCAAAACGACAAAAAUAAAAAAUAGGAGGGGCGCUGUUGUUUCUUCCGUGUCACUUUGUAGAAUGAGGGUUUAUUGUCGCUUCGCGCCACCGUGUAGGCCUGUGGAAACAGAGAUGGAGCACGACAGGCCGGAUGCACACGUCUCCUUCUUGCCGCCUCCGUUGUUGCUGCUGUCGCUGCGGGGAGAAACCGGAGGGGGGCAACAAACAGUCACGCUGGCAGACCCCCGCACCGGCAGCAUGGCCUCGUCGAGAUGUCGCCGUGUCUUCCUCCCCGAGCACAUGUCACCCGGUGCAAGCAGCACCCCUUUCUCUGGGACCCAUUUGCCGCCAUCCAAAGCGGGGGAGAAAUCCCAACAAGAGGAGGUGUUUGACGAACUUGUCCGUCCCCUGCUAAGGGACAUGGCUUCUGGUACGCUGUGUACGUUUAUUGCCUACGGACAGACGGCGACGGGGAAAACGUACACAAUGUUUGGACCGAAUGUCGAUGGCGUUGACAUCGCUCCUCUGCCGCAACAGCAAGAGAUUGGAGCGGCGACCACUCCUAUUCAGCCGAAUGCAAGUGAACAGGAGGAAGGCAUUGUACCGCGGCUUCUCCGUGCCAUCUUUGAGGCUCCUGGUGCCGCUGAGCAACAAACUGCAGCGGUCCGUAUGGUGGAUCUCUCAUGCAUGGAAGUACACAACGAGUGUGUUACCGACCUGGCGGCACUUUUACUGCUGCAGCAGCGUUCGAAGAAGACAGAUACGUCAAAGAAGAGAAAUGGAAAAUCAGGCGCAAUUUGCGAGGACACUGACGAUGGUGUAGCGUGGCGGGCGUGGCAGCGGUAUGAGCAGCAGGGUCGACGUGCAGAGGGGCAUGCCAACAGGUGGGAUUCAGCGUCCAUUUCAAAGAUACGGAAUGUUCCCGUCAACACAGAGACGGUGCCGAUAAAGGCGAUCUACAAGGCUACUGAAAAGACAAAAGUAAUGCGGUCGGUGUUCCGUCUUCGGUGUGAGUCUGCAGCGGAGUGCUGCGCUCUGCUGCGCGACUUGUUGGCGCUGCGAUUUCGCGGAAAAACAGAGCGGAAUGUUUGUUCCUCACGGAGCCAUCUGGUGCUGCGGCUCGUGUUUUACGAUGCUGCUGAGGCGGCGGCCUCAAUUGGCGAGGCGCUUUUUGUUGAUCUUGCCGGGUCGGAGUCGUACCGCGUUUAUGCGCAGGCUGCCGGCGAUGUUUCUUUGGAGCAUGUCAGUUCCACGAGGCAUCCACUGCCGCUGCAGCUGUGGCUCACUGACACUUCCCUUGUGGUGUCAGACUUUGCAUCUAAUCUUCGGGACGGCAGUGGCCUAACGGUGGCGCAGCGCAGUCUCCUUCACACAAAUGAGAUGCGGCACAUCAAUGUUUCCCUUCUCGCACUGCGCAAAGUGGUACGGACCCUUCACACCGCCUCAUCGCUGCCGACUUCAUCAUCUGUCCGGCAUAUCCCCUUCAGAGACAGCACGCUCACUACUAUACUUGAGCCAUUUCUUGUUCCAGGUGGUAAUUCGGUCGUGACAUGGGUGGUGUGCUGCUCAUGCAAACAAUGUGACUUCCAUGAGACCGUCGAGUCUCUCCGUCUGGGAGCAGAAGCCUCGGCCACCACCGCAUGCAUGCAAGUUUACCCACCCAUUCAGCCUGCAAGUGUGUUACAUACGGGCGAAGGCAGUGUAACCAGCAGCAGUCGAAGCGGCAGUGGGGAAACGUUUGGUGGUAUAAAAAAGACAAAUUAUGUCCGAAACGUAUCCGAAGCUGCUACUGCAUCGACUGGCGCUGUUAUUCCACGGGACCGCGGUAAGACGCUUUUGGCUUCGGCCGUGUCAUCAUCCGGGAUGUCUAUGGGUGGUCAUUCCAAACCUACGAGCGAUGUGGACAGGGAAGGGAGUAAAGGUAUGGAAGUAGGAGGAGGAGGAGAAUUGGCGGCGUACAAAAAAUACACGUUUCAGCUAAUUGGGCAAUGCAAAACACUGUGUGAACGUUACGAUGCGUGUGUGGAGGAACUUUCCCGUGCCAAACAGGCUUUGGCGUUACGUGAUUGUGAAAUCGCACGGCUCCAGGAGGCGUUGGCCGAGAAGCGUCGUCCAAAACAACUUUUGGAGGGGCCACCGUCAUUUCCGCUAUCGUCAUCUACGCAAUCCGUCACAGCUGAUGAGAGCAACCCUCCAGUACCCCCCGCAUGGUUGCGAAGAGGUGCGAUGUGCUCAACAAAAAAGGACAUGUUGUCUUUACUGUCCGGUACUUCCGCCGUGCUGGAUGCAGCACAUUCCGUCAUAUCGAGAGAAGCAUUGGACGCUGUAGUGGAUGAUGGAGAAGCAGCGGCAAAAAAGGAACCAGAGACGGACUGGCUUUCCGAAUCCACUUUUAGGCGCUACUGCAUUAAGCAUGACCCCGCACUUAUCGAUUGUAAAACAGCUGGAACCUCAUUGAGGGAUACCGAAGGCAAUGCAUUAUUAUUAUCGUCAUCAUUUCCCACCAACACGACCAAUGCUACUACGAAUGUUGAUGCCACUGUUCCUUUAGAUGACGCUCGCGCCAUGCAAACACCAUCCGAGAUGGAACGAAGCCCUUCAAUUGUUUUGAGGGAUCACAAUCGUCGCGAGCAAAUCGUGUCAUUUGUCUCUCCCAGUAGCCAUGGGGCCGUGCCGCUAAUGCAGCUGGUGAAAAACAUUGACUCACAGCGGAUUCUGCCUCCGCCACCGUCCCGUUCUGCCCUUUGCACCCGCCUGACAACGUCAGAGGGAAACCCCCAGUCUGAGGAUGACUUCAAGGCUGCGGGAGGGACAACUUAUGGGAUGAAUACAGAUGGUGAUGUCAGAGUUUUAAAGCAGCUGCUCUUGCGGGGCGUGGACCUCGCCGGAGGGGUUUUACAGAAGCAUACCGUUGCAGAGGAUGAAAAAGAAGAAGUAGAAGAAAAGAAGAAAGGAAAAGAGACCGCGGUUAUGUGUGAUUCCCAGUCUGAAUACCAGUUGUGA